GCGCGAUAGUUUUGGCAGGAUGGCCGCCUCUGUAAGUGACAGCAGUCAGAGACCGCUGCAGAAUGCCAUGAAACUUGUCAAAUUGGCAAUUCAGCUAGAUACCGGCAACAGACACAAGGAGGCGUACUGUGAAUACUUGAGAAGUAUCAGCUACAUCUCUCACGCUUUGCUUGAAGAUGCCACAUCUAAACAGAUGGAGUCGGUGGAAUUAGAGAAAAUGGUGAAACUAGUUGAGCAAUGUUUAGAGAGGAUUAAAUCAUGCAUCAUAAGAAAGCGAGAGUCCCCAACACCCGUCAUCUCCUCCACUCCUCUGUCCGCUUCCCAGCAGACCACCAUUCCUGCUAUUAAUGUGACAAAUCAUCCCAAAAUGACAGAAACACCUAAUGCAGCUGCAUUGGUUUCUGAGACCCAAAGUAGACAGCAGCCCACCAGACAUCGCAGAGUCCUCUCUGAGGGAGGGAAGACCGACUCCCCCUUCCUGCCACCUGAAGUCUUCCAGAAGCUUCAGUCAAUGGAAUCACAAGACAACCGAAAGGAAUUAACGCCUAUUGAAGAAGCAUCACGUCUCAACCAGAAACUUAAGGCUAAUUAUGAGGCUCGGCUGGCAAGACUUACCCCUGGUCAGGCCACACAAAAAACUUCAUUGGAAUGGCCAAAAAUUUGGAAAGCUAAUCUGAAAAAGAAUCCAAAUGAUCCAACGUUGGUUUCAGGUCUUAUCUCAUGUCUUCUCAGCUACCCAGACCACCCAGUCAUGAAGUUGCUGAAGAGGCUUCAGUAUCGGGUGUAUAACAGACUGUAUCCUAUAGUGAGCCAGUGUGUUCCUCUGAGCACAGCGCCUGGUCACUCACUAGUACCCUUAAAGCCCUCCCGCAGUGCCCAAAGCCUGCUCCUGUCCGACAGUCCUAUCUCUCCACAGCAGCAGCAGAGCCCGCUCAAAUCUGCUAUGACACACAGUUUAUCUGACGCCUCCAUUUCUUUUUCCCCAUCCCACGACCUCAAUGCCAACAACACAAAGUCUGAGACAGACUCGGAUGAGUUCUCAACUCUGGUCUCUACAGAUAGGGAGAACUCUUUUGAGGAUCUAGAGAAGUUUCUUACUCAGCUGGACUGGGUUCCUUCUCACAGUGGUGAUGAUACAGACUCUGAUGUGACCUUCGACACAACACACAUAGACCUAGAGUCUCAUGUUCAUCAUCUUGAGGAUCGUGCUUUGAAGGAACAUUUGAAGGCCAUCAUCAAAGACAUCCACAUUUCUAUUGAUCGCCUGCUGUCUCUGUGUCUUCUGUCCUUUGAAUGUCUCAACACUGCAAAUUCUAAGGACCAAUGCGUGGCGAGUAUAGAGGAAGUCUUCUUCACCCCUAUUUGGUGCCCUCUGUCAGCACUUUUUAGGAAGGUAUAUCGAGAACGGGAGAUGGCUGUUGAGGGCAGCAUGCGUUUUCAUCGUAAUGUGUCACCUGAUGAUGUUGGUGUACCAUCCAAACUGUUCCCCAGAGACCCAGCUGUGCUGCACGGUUCCUACCCAUACGAGUCAGCGGUGCAGGAGCUGAAGCUUCUGUAUAGAGACUAUUGUCCUCAGAAGAAACUGGAGUGUAUCGUGAGAACUCUACGAAUCAUCUGUGGCUGUGCUGAAGAGUACCGCCUCCUGCAAGAAAAUGAUCCUCCACCCAAAUCAGCAGCAAUAGGUGCUGAUGACCUGUUGCCCAUCUUGGCGUUCGUGGCUUUACGCAGUGAAAUGCCUCAGCUGGUGUCUGAAUGUGCUGCGUUGGAAGAAUUCAUUCACGAGGGGUAUCUGAUCGGAGAGGAAGGGUACUGCCUGACGUCAAUGCAGAGCGCGCUGACCUAUGUUGAGUCAUUGACCUUGGGUGGGGCUUCGCCCCUGACUGCCAAACCCACCUGACGUAGGGGCCUUAGCCUACGGAAAGAUCUCAUGGUGAUUUGACAGUCCUCAGGAGUUGGUGUACCUCCUCUGCUUGGUCUGUUUAGUCCCAAAUCAGGCCAGACAUCAGUUCUGUUAAAAUCUUCCCCACCUAUGGCUUUGAAGGGACUGAAGAAGGUUAUUCUCUGCUUUUGGGCACUACAGGGCAGGUUCAUCCGAAUGUGGUUUUAAAAAAAAAAAAGAGACUGAAUGGGAUGAAAUUAGCAAGAUGUUAGGAAAGGACUUGUGGAAAGUUUAGUUAAAACAUUUUUAUUAUUAAUUUGUGUAUAUUCUAAUGCCAUUGAUUUUUUUUUUUUUUUUUUUCAAAUGUAUUUCCCAGAGAAUUUUACUAUGGAAAUGAAAGACUAAAGCACUACUAGCAUUUGUUAACCCUAUUUAUUAAACAAUAUAAAAAGUGACACUAAUUCAGAGUUUUUGUAUUAUUUUAGCUUGGAAUUUUAUCCAUUUUGAGCUUAACUGGAUAGGAAAAAAAUUGAGAAAAUUUGUCGAAACAAGUUCUCUUAAAGGUUUUUUUUAUAUAUACUCUAAGCUGCACAUUUCUUUUGCAAGUAAAUAUACCACUAAGCAGAACAGGCAUCAUGGUAUUAAGCAGUAUGUGUUUUAUCUGUCUCUUUUUAAAUAUCUUAACUUUAUUUAAAUGCUUUUCACUCUAAUAGUCAAAGAAGUGAAAUCAAUGUGAAAAAAAAAUUUUUUUUGGAUGUGCAAGAAAGAUUAAUGUUGCUGAACCAUCUGUCUUCAGUCUGACAUUACUGAUGUUGAGGGGAUUGAAUAGAAAAUAGGCAUAAUAACAUUGUGUGCGUGCAAAUGCAUAUAUGUAUAUAUGUAUAUGUGUGUGUGUUUUGUCGGAGCAGAAUGUUUGUUUUCUGUUUGUUGCUAAAGAUAUGUAAUGUGAAUUGAUGAAUGUAGCCUGAAUCUCUUUGCUUGGGAGACAGUGCCCAUGUAUUUUUUACAAAACUUUCCCAAGUUCUUCAUACCUGAUCAUUAGGAUUGGAUAAUGCACAUGGUCAUGGUUUGAAAGUGCAUGGCAUGUGAAUUUUCUAACAAUAAAGACAUAUGUAACCCU